GACGGCGCUGCAGGUCGGGCCGGGGCGGGGGGACGGGGGUCGGGGUCGGGGUCAGGCCAGCGCCGUCCCCUCCGCCGCGUCCCCUCCGCCGCGUCCCGGGUCCGCUCCGCCGCGCGUGUCCCCGCCGCCGCGUUCCCGGUCCCCACCGCCGCGCGUGUCCCUUACGGGACGCCGAGAUCGCGGCCCGGCCCCGGUUUGCAGCGGGCGGGACGGCGGGAGCUGGGUGGCGGGAGCGGGGUGAGGCCGAACCGCACCGUCGGGCUGCAUCGGCCCGGCACCGUGCGGCUGCGGGGCCUCCACGCGUGACAGCUGGACGGGGGAUGGGGCCUCCACGCGUGACAGCGGGACGGUGGCAGAGCUGUGCGGUGUGACACCGGGGCGGCUGCAGGACCUGGACGGCGUGGCACGGGUACGGCUGUGGGACCCACACACUGUGACACCGGGCGCUGGCCAUGGAGCCAGGCACCAUCGACAACCUGGCCAUCCUGUACCAGAGCUCCGAUUUCAUCGUGGUCAACAAGCACUGGGACAUCCGCAUCGACAGCAAGAUGUGGUACGAGACGCUGACCCUGCAGAGCCAGCUCAAGUACCGCUUCCCCGAGCUGGCCGACCCCGACACCUACUACGGCUUCAGGUUCUGCCACCAGCUCGAUUUCUCCACCAGCGGGGCCCUGUGCGUUGCACUCAACAAAGCGGCAGCGGGAAGCGCCUACAAGUGUUUUAAAGACCGUCUGGUGACCAAAGCCUAUCUUGCCCUGGUCAGGGGCCACGUCAGCCAGAGCCGAAUGACGAUCCGCUACGCCAUAGGGAAGAACACCACCGAGGGCAUGACCCACAUGAUGUGCAUCGACGGGACGGAGGGCUGUGAAAAUCCCAAGCCUUGCCAGUCGGAGCUGAUCGUGCUCGAGCACGGGUCCUACAGCGGAGACCCCGUAACCAAAGUGCUGCUGCAGCCGCUGACAGGGCGGACUCAUCAGCUCCGGGUUCACUGCAGCGCCAUCGGCCACCCCAUCGUGGGGGACUUCACCUACAGCCACAGGAAGGACAGCGGUCCCUAUAGGAUGAUGCUCCACGCCUACUACCUGCGCAUCCCUACCGGCAAGGAGCUCAUCGAGGUCUGUGCGCCCGACCCCUUCGUCACCACGAUGGACAGCAACUGGGUGCCCCACCGUGUCACCCACCGGCUGGAUGAGACCAUCCAAGAGCUGAAGGACAAGGCGAUGCAGAAGCGGGAAGAGGAGGGGAGCCAGGAAGCCACGCUUGGUGGUGGAGGAGAGGAGGCACUGAGCGAAGCCAAGAGCCCGGAGACGGAGGAGCAGCGAGCCCAGUGCGAGCAGUGGUUGGCCGAGUGGGCUUUGGAGUGAGCACAAACCACGUCUCUGCAUUUCCACCCUGAUGCUCCAUUUUUGUCCCGGUGGGUCUCCACAGAGCCCAGCGCUGACUCCGCACCCGCACUUUCUGUAUGCCGUGGCUUCCCUCACUUCCGGGGCUGGGAUUAGACAGGUUUUAGCAGCAGUUAGGAUGGGUUUAUUUUUUAAUGUACACAUCAUCCAUGUGGCCACUGGAUGCCCCUUUCCUAAUUCUGGGCCUCAGCAGCAGAGUCGGUGUGUCACGUAUCAGCUUAGAGUGAUGACCCCAAAGCUUUACAUCCCUGUCCCGGGGCUCAGGCGCAGCCGGGGCAGCACGAACACUGCCUUUGCCAUGAGCACGAUGGAUGUAUCCACCAACCUGGGAUGCUAAAACACAUCCCAGCAAAGGGAGAGGAGAACGUGCUGGGUGCAGCUUCGGUGUCCGUGUCCCCAGUUCCCUUUGCUCCAGCCCGCUGCGGUCACUGGCACACGUAUUCUGUGGGAGGUGGGAGAUCAGGAGGCUUGAGGGCACUGACAGUCCCCCCCUAGUCCCGGGGCAGCCCCAGGGUGUUUUGCCCGUGGAGCUGGGCUGUGCAAUGGGCGCCGGAGAGGUACCUGCCUGCCACCGAGGACGUGCCGCCUGCCCGGCCAUGCCCUUGCGCUUUCCGUCCUGCCUUGGCCCACGUGUGGUUUUUUUCUAAAGGUUUGUUGAAAGUGAGUGAGUUGAUAUGAAUGGAUUUUAAACUUUUGUCAAGUUUCUAUGAGAAGAAUCUAGUCUUUUAGCAGUUCUGAAAUACCGGUGGUCUUAGAAAUAUGUGUAUUUUUAGUAAUUCUAUGGUCAGAAUAGCCAACAGCCCAAAGCUUUUUUAAGAUAACUUAUUAUUCUUUCUCCUAGCGUUGCCUUUUCCUGGCACCCGCUUUUAUCCUGGGCGUGGGUGUAACCCCUGCUGAGACAGGUCAGAAGACACCAGCCCCUUUCUGCUUUACCCAAACGAGGGGGAAUCGGCUUUUGUCCCACCGUGUGGCUCCUCGCCAGCAGGUUGCUGCAGAGGGGUCCGCACCGGAGGGUGCCACUGGCAGGGCCUUCGGGAGGGCAGUUUGGGAGGGCUCUGGAGCAGCGAGAGCGGCCGAGGAAAUGGUUGAAGCUGAAAGAAAGGCUGAGGACUGAUGCCAAAAGCGGGAAGGAGCUCGUCUCGCAGGCUGGCACUCAGCUUUGCGAGAUGCAGAGAGGAGUUCCUCUGGAAAUGCCCUUGCGUUGCCAGCCGGCGUCGUGCCGCUUCAUUCUCUCCUUCCCACCCGGCUCGUCCUCUGCAGCUCUUAGAGGAAGCUUUGCGAGUGAGGGGAGCAGAGCAGCUGGCGCGGGCUGGGGUGGCUGGAAUCCCUUGCAGACAGAGCGCUGUUCCCCGGGGUAUUCGGCACCGAGCCGCCACAUCAGCACGUGCCCAGAGUUAUCGUCACCCCACAAGCCCUGUCCCAUUUGAAAAGCACCUGUCAGUGGUUUCAUGUAACUCAUACUCCUACCCCGAGGGGAAGAACGGCACAGCCCUCUCCUCGCGGGUGAACACGCCGUGCAGGUCACCGAAACCCCGCAGGGUUUUUGUAUCACCCAUCCCCGGCGCCCCUGGGUGCUGGUGGGUGGAAGCUCACCGGGCUGCGGCGUGCGGCCGCGGAGGAGGCGGCCGUCACCUUGCUUUUGUGGCUAGGCACAGAGUGCUGCAGGACGGGGACUGGCGCACAGCUCGUGGCUUUGCAGGCACCAGCCUGCACCAAGCGGGGAUCGCGGGCUCAUGAGCUGGUGGCAGAGGGUUCAGCGGGGGUUUGAAGGAGCAGAAGAUCCCUCUCCUUCCUCCCAGGCACCCUCCCCACCCAUCCCAUGUCCCAGGAGUGGCCGGGGAGGGGAGAGGCAGCCACAGGCGGGUCCCAAAGCUGUAAAUUAACGCUGUGAACCUGUUUGCCAAAGAAUGUACGUGGGUGGCGUGCACAGGAGGUCAUGAAAAGUUACGGGUGAGAUUUGCAGCAUCAGAGGCAGGAGGCAGCCUUCCCUUCCCGCGGGCCCCGGUGUGGGAAUGGUCCCCGCUGCGUGAUGGGGGACACGUCCAGGACAAGGCUGCCCUCAGCCGCGGGGCUGGUGGUCUCUGGGGGCGUAUGUGGGGACAUGCCGGUGCCCACGCACAAGGGGAGGCUGAUGGACCAUCGGUGCUGGGGGGCUGGCACCCAGCGCUCGCCCCACCGUCUGUGCUGAGGAGCCCCUGCACCCUGCGCCGCCCAUCAGCCUUCGUGCGUUGCACUUUUACCUCACAUUGCAGGAACCUGAGAUAAAUAUAUAUUUUCCUUACCCUGCAGAGAGGUGUUUUCCAGGUGUCCUUCCCCAGUUCCCCUCCCGCGCCGUCCAGUCCUGCUCCCUCCUCUCUGCCGCGGGUCCAUUUGCUGCAUCGUGCGUGAAUCCACUCGUGCAUUCAGACCUGGGGGGGGGGGGGAUUGUGAUCAGGUGUGUGUUUUGUGACGUUCUGUACAGCUUGCAAUAACCCUUAUUGUUGCCCAGUACCAUAGUAAACCAUUGCCUGUAUACCCUGCGGU